AUGUCUCCCUCCGCCGAAAGACCCACCAUUAUCGCGUGUCCAGGUGCUUUUCAUGAUGCAUCAUAUAUGAACAGCUUUGUCAAGAGCCUGAAGGCUGCGGGAUUCGAAGCUGAGGCCCAUGGCCUGACAACCCCAGGUCAUCCCGAGAAUGGUGUCGCCGACGACGAGAAGAUGAUGAGAGAUGCAUUCUUGCCGCACAUCGAGGCCGGUAAGGAUGUUGUGCUGCUCGUCCACUCUUAUGCCGGCUUUCCCGGAUGUGGGGCGGUCUCGGGCUAUGAUAAAAAGGGCCGUGAAGCUCGUGGUGAGAAGGGCGGUCUUCUGGGCGUCGUCUAUAUUGCUGCCUUCGUUCCCCAAGAAGCAGACAGCACUGUUAGUGCCAUGCUCGGAGGUGGAUGGGCACCGUGGCAUGUCCCUAGACUUGAGGAGGGUGUUGUCGGAACACAAAACGAGGUUGAAACCUUUUACAGCGAUUGUGACCCUGCUGAAGUAGCUGAGAUCCUGAAAACCGUCAAACCACACUCGCUCAAGGCAUUUAGCGAACCACCCUCAGCCUUGGGCAUCAAGGAGGCGGGCUAUAAUGGUCGUCGUGCCUACAUUAGGUGUCUUCAGGACCAGGCUCUGCCACUGCCUGCACAAGAUGCUUUCGUUCAGAACUCUGGCGUUGAAUGGAUAGUAAAGUCCAUGGAUACGUCGCACAGCCCAUUCUUGGCGGUGCCCGAGGAGACAGUGAAAUUGCUGGCGGGCAUUAUUGAGGAGUUCAAGGCGUGA